AUGGCGUCGACCCAGCAGCCGCACGACGCGCCAAAGGCCGCCAAGCCGACCCAGGACUCGUGGCGCAUCCCGACGCCGGCCUUUGACGAGCCCAAGAUCAAGGUCUUCAACUCGCUCACUCGCUCCAAGGUCGACUUUGUGCCCAAGAAGCCCGGCGUCGUCACGUGGUACAAUUGCGGGCCGACCGUCUACGAUGCGUCGCACAUGGGCCACGCCAGGAACUACAUGGCGCAGGACAUUAUGCGCCGCAUUCUGCGCGACUUCUUCGGCUACGAGGUCAACUUUGUCAUGAACAUCACCGACGUCGACGAUAAGAUCAUCGUGCGCGCCCGCCAGUCGCACCUCCUCACCAAGUACCUCUCGGACCUCUCGACCUCGUCCGCCCCGUCAUCUCGCGUCCUGCAAGAGGUCACCUCGGCCUGGACCGCCUACUUCCUCAAGGCCUUCUCGGCCUCGCUCGCCACCCCUCCCGCCGACGACUCGUUCGAGGCGGCCUCUGCUGGGUGGGCCGAGGUGCAGGCACGCGCGCGCGACGCGGCCUGGGUCGAGCAGGAGAAGGGCAAGAACGAAAAGUUCCCGAUGUACUUUGCGGCGGUCGGCAGUGGGUUCGAGGCGGUCGAGGCGGCGCGCAAGAGGGGUGAGGGCUCGCUCGAGGACGCCAAGGCGCUCGUUGAGGCGAACAAGGACGCGAUGGGCCUCUGGUUGGACAAGCAGUUCGGCGCGAGCGUGACCGACCCGGCCAUCUUCCGCGACCUCGCCGCCUUCUGGGAGGACUCGUUCUUCCACUCGAUGGCGGCCCUGCGCGUCGAGCGCCCGACGACGCUCACGCGCGUCUCGGAGUACAUCCCCGAGAUUGUCUCGUUCGUCGAGGGCAUCGUCGAGCGCGGGUUCGCGUACGAGGGCGGCGGGAGUGUGUGGUUCGACACGGCCAAGUUCGAGGGCGCCGAGGGCCACAAGGGCGCCGAGGAGGGCGACGAGGAGUGGAGGCACACGUACGCCAAGCUGCAGCCGUGGAGCAAGGGCAACCGGGAGCUGCUCGAGGACGGCGAGGGUUCGCUCACGUCGACGACGGGCAAGCGCUCUGCGUCCGACUUUGCCCUGUGGAAGUCGUCCAAGCCCGGCGAGCCGGCGUGGCCGUCGCCCUGGGGGCCGGGUCGCCCCGGGUGGCACAUCGAGUGCUCGGUCAUGGCGACGGCCGUCCUUGGUGAGGGCAUGGACGUCCACUCGGGCGGUGUCGACCUCGCGUUCCCGCAUCACGACAACGAGCUCGCGCAGAGCGAGGCGUUCCACAACUGCCGCCAAUGGGUCAACUACUUCCUGCACACGGGCCACCUGCACAUCGAGGGCCUCAAGAUGUCCAAGUCGCUCAAGAACUUUAUCACGAUCGACGACGCCCUCGAAAAGUACUCGGCGCGCCAGCUCCGGUUCGCGUUCCUCCUGCAGAACUGGAACGCCCGCCUCGACUUCAAGGAGAGCUCGAUGCAGGAGGUCCGCAGCGCCGAGUCUCUACUCAACAACUUCUUCGCGCUCGUCAAGGCGCUCGCGGCCGAGGCCAAGGAGCAGUCGGUCGCGUCGGACGGGCAGCACCACUACGAGCAGGCAGAGAAGGACCUCCUCGCCAAGCUCGAGUCGGCCCAGCUCGCGUUCCGCGCCGCCCUGUGCGACUCGUUCGACACGCCGACGGCCCUCCAGACCCUGCUCGACCUCGUCUCGCAGACCAACAUCUACCUCGCGCGCGGCCGCAGCAGCACCAACAUCCGUGCCGUCCUCGCCGUCAGCGAGUACGUGACGCGCAUGCUGCGCAUGUUUGGCCUCGGCGAGGGCAGCCCGGUCGAGGGACCGGCGGGCGAGCGCGUCGUCGGGUGGGGCACGGCGCCGGUGCCGGGGCAGGAGGAUGCAGGUGUCGACCGCGACGCCGUCUUGAUGCCGUACCUGCGGGCGCUCUCGUCGUUCCGCGACCAGGUCCGCCAGCUCGCCAUGUCGAACGCGGCAAGCUCCGACAUUCUCGCCCUGUGCGACCGCCUGCGCGACGAGGAGAUGGUCGAGCUCGGCGUCGCGCUCGACGACCAGGACGAUGGCCGGGCCAUGGUCAAGCUCGUCCCGGCGGCUCAGCUCCGUGCUGCUCGCGACGCCAAGGCGGCGCUCGCGGCCGAGAAGGCCGAGCGCAAGGCGGCCGCCGCCGCCGCCGCCGAGCAGAAGCGCCUCGAGCGCCUCGAAAAGGGUCGUGUCGACCCGCAGCACAUGUUCCGCACCGACGAGUACUCGGCUUGGGACGAGGCGGGCAUGCCGACCAAGGACCGCGACGGCAACGAGGUGCCCAAGAGCCGGACCAAAAAGCUCGCCAAGGAGUACGCCGCGCAGAAGAAGCUGCACGACGAGUUCCUCAAGGAGCAGGCCAAGGCGCAGGCAUAGAGCGUCGGCCUCGAGCGCAGCUGUCGUGCAAGGAACUACCUUCUCUGCGGC